AGGGGUCCGGUCGGGUGGUGGGGUGAAGUUGUUUUCGGAAGAAGUCAGCUCGGCGCCUCCGUAGCGGUCCCUAACUCAAAUGUUCCAAAAACCCAAGGCCAAGCUCAAUGACGACCCACAAUAUCCUCACUACUUACAUGGACUUCACCCACGCAUUAGAUUCAGUCAAAACUGAUCAAGAUCUCAAAGACAGAGAUGGGGGCUCUGUUCAAAAAUAUGUACUGCUAGAUUACCCGGAUACCGUUCACCAAUCCCAAGAUCACAACAGGAGAGUAAUGCUUUUAACUCGGACCCUCGGUAAGUCGAUAACGGUACAUCAAACACCAUUUAACAUCCCCCGCCAUGGCGCCGGUUAACACCGAUCUGCAAACCGUUCAAGAAAGCGUCAAGAACGUGAUCCAGGAUCUCUUCCAGAUUCUCGCCCAGGUAUCCAACUACGACUCAGCCGGCCGGCCCUCACGAGAAGCGCUCGCCCAAGACCUUCAAACCCUCGACGCCUCCCUCCUGCAAGUCCACCGCGCCGCCUCUACGCUCCCACCCUCCCAAACCCCGGGCAUCCCGGAACCUCUAAUCGAGUAUGUCGAGAACGGGCGGAACCCGGACAUUUACACGCGCGAGUUUGUCGAGCUGGUGCGGCGCAUGAACCAGCUGGCGCGCGGCAAGAUGCACGCCUUUGGCGAGUUCCGCGACGUGCUAGCCCGCGAGAUGAGCGCCGCCAUGCCCGAGCUGGCCGAGGACGCGCGCCGCGUCGUCGAGGCUACGGGGGGUCCCAUGGAGAAGAAGGUUGGGGCAGGAGGCAUGGGGCGGGAUGAAGGUGGUGGUGGUGGGCAAGGGACCGGGCAGCAACAGCAGCAGCAGCAGCAGCAUUGAUUAUUCGGUCGGUUUGGUUAUCUGAAAUAAGGGUGGAAUAGGGUUUCGCAGCUGGCGUUAGGAAGGCGUAUGGUUUGGG